GUUCCUCAUACAUCGCCAACAACCAUGGUUUUAUAUAUUCUUCAAGUUUGUUGAUGAACAAAUAAUAUGAAUAUGAAGAAGCGGCAACUGCCCUCUCCCUGCUUCAUCAGCUCCUGAAGAAACCCACAUCUAGAACGAGGACCAGGCAAGUGCUUUCUCCUUCACCCUUGUUCCAACGAAUGUCAUGUCUCCACGCAAGGAACGACCCGAGCGACCUAACGCCUGGAAGCUGUGCCGGUGGUUCAUUUUUGGGUGUGCCUACUGCGUCAUCGCCUUGAGCCUGUGCUACAUCCUCUUUCUCGAUGCAGUGGAACUCCUUGAAUUCGACAGGUUUGGUGAGAGUCAUUUUCUUCCACAAGAACGAGCGCGAGAUGCAACAGGCGUUGCAGUUGCCACCGACACUCUGCUGGCACAAAGACUAGGAGAAGAUGAGG